AUGGCCUCCGCCCAAGCCAACUGCCCCGUCGUCGGCACGACCAACACGACCCUCCCACCGUCGCACCCCGACGUCGACCUCUCGCAGCCAGGCCAAGUCUGCCCCGUCGUCGGCGCCACGACCGACCACCACGCGAACCUGCACCGGCACCCGCAGGUGCCGAUCCCGGAGGACCGCUCCGCCGGCGAUGCCUCCGCCUGCCCCGCGCUCACGGGCCGCCUCGUCAACGAGGACAAGAGCAAGGCCAUGGACGACGACGUGUGCCCCGUGGUGGGCACUGCCACCACUGUGCUCCCGCCCGACCACCCCGCCACCGAGGGCCGCGAGGACGACGCCGUCUGCCCCGUGACCAAGGCUAAGGUCGGGCAUCAUAAGGGGAAGCUCCACGGGCAUCCGGCCGUUGAUGGUGCCGCCGAGGGGGCGGUUUGCCCAGUUGCUGGCGUCAGGGCCUAG